ACGGAGCGGGGAGCGGAGCGUCCCGCGCAUGCGCAGUGCCCUUGCCGCCUCGCCAUGCUGCCGCUGCCGCCGCGCCUUCAGCUUCUCCUCCGUGAGGGGCUCCCGCCGCUCCCUCAGGAUCCGCCAUCCCCGCGGCCCGCUCAGCCCACGCCGCCCUUCACCUUCGCCCCCCGCCGCCUCCACCUCGGCCCCCAGCACCCGUUGUUUGAGGAUGGGGACGUGCACAGGCACCUCUACCUGCAGGGCGUCCUCACCAGCCUCGAGGAGGUGGCCGAGAGACCCAAGGUGUCCGAGUUCAGCUGCCACAUCUCGGGGUGCAGCCAGGUGUUUGACACUCUGGAGAGCUACGAGCACCACUACAACACCCUGCACAGGAACGUCUGCUCCUUCUGCAAGCGCUCCUUUCCCUCUGGCCACCUCCUGGAUAUCCACAUCUUGGAGUGGCACGACUCCCUCUUCCAGAUUAUGGCCGAGAAGCAAAAUAUGUACCAGUGUCUGGUGGAAGGCUGCACGGAGAAGUUCAAGAGCAGCAAGGACAGGAAGGAUCACUUGGUGACCGUGCACCUUUAUCCUGCUGACUUUCGUUUUGACAGGCCCAAGAAGGUGAAGAGUGGCUCCAAGCACACGAGGUGUCCCCUGGAGCAGGGCGCCAGCGUGCCCAUGGAUGUGAGCGUGGAGGAGCAGUUCCAGGUGAAUCCCGUGGAAGCAGGGCCUGAGGAGAGCAUGGAGAUCUCUCAGGCUGCAGCCAGCCCCGGCCCCUCGCUGCCAGAGAAACGGCUCUACAAAUCCAGGUCUGUGCACAGCCUCUGGGGCACAAGGGGCUGGGACCACCCCAUUUACAGCCCUUUGCAGGACCCUUUGGGCUGUUCUGUGCUGAAGAUAAAACAGGCAGGAAUCCCAUGUGUGCUUCCAAAGGCUUUUUUGAAAGAAGGGGGUGUAAGGAAGAGCAGAAUGUGGGUGUGCUGUGGAAGCUGUGCUUGUCUGCCCGCCUGAUCUCUUCCCAAGGAAUUGCAGGAUGCUGCUUCUGCUCUCCUGCUCCUCAUUAUCAACAACUGCAACUGCCCAGGUGUUACAUUUGCUAACACACCUCGUUGUAAAGAGGCCUCCAGGACAGGGAUGUGCAGAGUACACAGGAAAUCCAACCUGUUUUUCAUAUUUGGUGAUUUAUAUGUCCUGCUCCUCCCAUAACCCUGCUCUUCCCACUCUGGGAGCUUCAAAUGCCCCACAGAGCAUUAAGCAUGCCUGUUAAUUAACGUGGAUUAAAGCCUGUCUCCCUUUCCAGGAUCCCAUCCACAAUUUGCUUUGGACAAGGUGCCACCCGAGGGUUUAAAGGACCACGGAAGAAAGUCUGAAGGUCAGUGCAGCAGAUCUGUGCAAGAUGAGCAGGCAUGGAGCCAGUGCCACCAGGGAUGUUUCCAGGUCCCACUCCAUGGAAUAAACCAAUUAAAGCUCUGCCAGCAUUUGGGCACGGGUUCCUGAUGUCAUACAGAAUGGGCACCACCUGACUGAGCUAAGAAUCCUCGAGAUUUUGGGAAGGGGAACCCAGAAGGUGUGGUGAGGUGUUAAGGAAACUCCUGCAGCUGAGGCUGCACAGGACCGGGUGUUUCAUUUUUUGCCUCUUGGAGGUAAAAAAAAGAUUCAAGAAGUUACAAGAUGACAACAUGACUGUAUGGAAGCUGGACUCAGAGAGAAAAGAAAAUGGAGGAAAAAAACCCUUGGUCUGAGUUCUGACUUUCUCCAUCUGGCUGAAGUCUCCUCUGCAUCCUGGCACCUGCUCUGAAAGGUUUGCCUGGGCCAGGAGAAGCAUUUUCACAGGGAGUUAAAAUAAAGGGACUUCCAACCAGGUGAAUAAAUAAAAGGAAUUU